CCCUCACCACUCCACACGCACACGCGCAAGCCCCGAAAUGUCAAAUCCACACCCCUUCCUGCGCCUCUUCAGGCAAUACUCGACACAAACGGCGUCCACAUUCGCCCGCACAACCCGCAUAUCCCACGGCCCGCAAUGCCUGCGCGCACCCACGCGACCCUCGCGCCCAAAAGCCCUGUUCUUUAUGCAGCGGCGCCACGCCCACGGGCCCGACGGGCUGGAUCCAAACUUCGUCUCGAUCCUGGACCGGCCGGCGAAAAUGGCGCGCGUGGGCAAGCAACACGGGCCCGGGCUGAUCAUCCUGGCCAUCAUCCCGCUCACGGCCUUUGUGCUGGGGUGCUGGCAAGUGCAGCGGCUGGGCUGGAAGACGGAGCUGAUUGCGCGCUUCGAGGACCGGCUUACAUUCCCGCCGUUGGAGCUGCCGCACCGAAUCGACGAGAGCAUGGUCGAUGCGUUUGACUACCGGCGCGUGUAUGCCAAGGGCGUGCUGCGGCAUGAUCAGGAGAUGCUCAUUGGACCGCGCUUGCAGGACGGCGAGGACGGGUAUACGGUUGUGACGCCGCUGGAGCGGUGGGAUGAGCAGGGGCGGAGUAGCAAGAUUCUGUGCUGCAGGGGGUGGAUUAAGAAGGACGCUGUCAAGCAUUGGUUUCGACGGCAGCACGGGGCACUGCCGGAGGGGGAGGUUAUGAUUGAGGGGCUGCUGAGGGUCCCGCCGAAGGGGAAUAUGUUUACGCCCAAGAAUGUGCCGGAGGAGGGAAAGUGGUUUUUUCCGAGUGUCGAGGAGAUGGCGGACUGGAGUGGGAGUCAGAGAGUGUGGAUUGAGGAGACGAUGACACCGGAUCUGCUCACGAAUUUUGAGCGCGAACCAAAGGGUAUACCGAUUGGACGCGCGCCGACAGUGAAUCUGAGGAACAACCAUACGCAGUAUAUCUUCACAUGGUAUGCGCUGAGUUUCGCCACAUCCAUCAUGUUCUGGAUGGUCGUCAAGAAGCCGCUCUCCGGCACACAGCGACGCGUGCGCCACAGCUCCGAGUGGUCAUAAAGUAACAUAUCUCAACUCUCACUCCUUGUCUUCCUCCUGUACAGCCGCUAGUCGCUUCCGCUUCUGACCCCGGAGUUUAGGCUGCGGCUCCAUCCUGAGCUGUUGCAGCAACUCCCUGGGCAGCAAUUUCUGCGCAAGCGAGAAGGUCGUGCUGUUAUUGCUUGUCUUGCGCGUCCUGAGUAUGUCAGCGUUUGUAGAACAGGGAGCUGUACACAUAUGGUAUAUGUACAGCAAGUGCGAAUGUAACAUACCGUCGCAUGAGCGCCAGGACAUCGCUCUCUUCAAUCAUCCUUCGACCUGCG